AUUUUUUAUGCCUUCAACCUAUUAACAGCUUGUCUUAUCACCUUCUCUUAUUACAGCUAAGUCAUGCCCACGGUAAGUCAUAAUGCUUCGACGCUACAGAAGCCAAUUGCUCCUUCAUACUUGAAAAAAAUUAAUAACCACUUAUCGAUAUCCUUGACUUAUCUUCAUCAGGACUCAACCGCGUCCACCACUCAACCUCGAAGAAGAAAAUCAUCAACUUCACCCAAUGACGAGGCUAUUGAUCAAGUAGAGUGCUUGAUAAGCUUUCAUAAUACCUCGACGGAAAACGUCACCGUAAACCCUUCCGAUGAUGAACCCCAGAAUCAAAAUAAUAACGGUUGGUUUGGAAGUAUCUGGAAUACCGAAACUAUACCUCCAGUUAAGGAUUCUAAUAACAAUUCCCCGGCUGAUGUUUCAAUUAUGUUGGGCUACUUACAACUAUUUGGUUACGUAAGCUUGAAUUACAGAUACGACUUGCACUCUUCUCCUUUGGAUAGUGGGGUCUCUAAUGAUCAUGGCUGGUGGAGCAACAAAAGUUAUUAUGAUCAAUACCAACCAGAUGGGCAAACCGCCGGUGAUGAUGAAAAUGAAACCAAAGACGAAAAAUUGAACAAAACCCCGUUCUUGCGUGAUUUUUACUUGAAAGAUCCAAUGGUUAUCGGUGGUAAGCUUGCUGGGGUUAAUGAUUUGAUCUAUCAUAAAGAAAAAGUUAAAGAAGAGAAUUUUAUCGAUAAUACAAAUAAAUUCUUAAUUCAAGAUCUUCUCUUCACUUUCAACUCUUUGGAAUACUCAAAAAAAAUUACCAAUUCUGAUGAAGAUGAUAAUGAAGAUAACGGCCCUCAUUUACCAUUACUGGAUAUUACAAACUCAAUUGUUCCAUUUUACGCAACCCUGCAGCAUCUUUUAUUCACCGACGUUUCCCUCAAACCAAAAGCAUCUAAAACUUUCAGAGUUAGGUUUAACAAUAUCGAUAUCUCAAUGCCUCCCCUGUAUAAUACCAACCUGACGGGCCUUGUUGGUGAUCAAGGCUGGACUAGUAUAAGAUAUUCUUUAGUUGUUGGUGUACUGGAAAAUCGUAAAGGUAAAAUCAUUCCAAGAUCAGUUUAUUUCCCAUUCGAUGUUAGAGGGAAACGUAUAGGCCAUGAAGAUCGCUGGCUCCAGCCUGAUUAUCUAAGUCUGACGAAGAUUGAUAAAAAUUGGGACAUUAAAGUUAUUGAUCAUAACAUAACCAAUCCUCAGGAUGCAUCACUAGAAAACUCAUCAGGAAAGGAUCAAAUGCUACAAGAUUUAAAUAAAUUAAUUGAUUCGGAUUUGCAUAAUGUCUCCAAAAAUGAAAGACGGAAAAGCUCAUCUGCGCUCUUCAAGCUUCAUACUACUUUGCCUGAAAUCCCUAUGAAUCCUCAACUUCCAGAGAAACUUAAAACUCACUACCAAAUCCGAGUAAAUGAUCAAGACUUGUGUGAAGUUAUGAUUUCUAAACCAGCUUAUCACUUGGGUGAUGACUUUCAUUUCUCGAUUGAUAUCAGCUCCUCCUACAAGAAUACCACCAAGAUCGUUGGUUUGAUUGCUCAUAUAGAGGCUCAUGAAGUUUAUCAUAUUCAAAAUAAAAAUGGUGAUUUCCAUGACUUCACCAACACCUAUCGUGUUAGCCCCCCAGUGAAAGUCAACUCUUUUGCAGCUUCCUUGGUUAAUUCAUAUUCUCAUGAGAAUUCCAAGAAUAGCAAAAUAAAUGGCAUGAUACAUAUACCACCGUAUUUGUGUCAACAAUUUCAAAGUUCAACGUUUAUGGAUUUGAAAUAUUACGUUAUAUUCAAAUUCAACUUGAAUGAGUUUGACAGACACGAAUUGAAUGAAGAAGUAACUAAAGAAAAUCGACAAGCAAGCAACGAAUUACCUAGAGAAAGUACCAAUGAUGACCCAAAGCGAAUCAACUUGAGUCCUAAUGAUCCUUCAGAUACUUCUACAACAGCAAGACCAUCACUUGAUGAUAGAUCCUUACAACCAAGUGCGAUCAAUGGCAGCAAGUCAGGAGAAACCAUUUUCACAUCCCAAUAUCGUUUCGAUAAUACUGGUAGCGAAUUCAAGUUUGAGUUACCUCUUGUAGUACUACCUUGAUAUAGAUUAUAGACUACUGUUUCUUUUCUUUUUUUUUAUUUUAUUUUUUUUUUUUUUUUUAAAUAUCAAUGCUACUUGCAGUCAGCAAAUCAAGCUGCCAUGUGUGUAAAUUUCCACAACAGCCUAUAGUCGUGCUUAAC